UUGAUGGAUGGAAGAAAUUACUCAGUGGUAUCAGAGUUUUUGUUGCUGGGAUUCACCACUUCUUGGGAGAUACAAAUUCUUCUUUUUCUGUUUUUCACGAUAUUUUAUGUAGCGAGUAUGCUUGGAAACCUUCUCAUUGUGCUCACAAUAAUCUCAGACCAUCACUUACAUUCCCCCAUGUACUUCUUGCUGGCAAAUCUCUCCUUCAUUGACACAGGUGUUUCCAGCAUUGCAACCCCGAAGAUGAUUUAUGACCUUUUCAGAAAAUAUAAGGUUAUCUCCUUGAAAGCGUGCAUCACUCAAAUGUUCUUCAUUCACACUGUCGGGGGUACGGAGAUGGUGCUGCUAAUAGUCAUGGCCUACGACCGAUACAUUGCCAUCUGUAAGCCACUCCACUACCUGACAAUCAUGAGCCUGAGAAUGUGCAUUUUUCUUUUGGCUGCUGCUUGGACCAUUGGCCUUAUCCACUCCGUGGCCCAGCUGGCUUUUGUUGUAAAUUUGCCCUUUUGUGGCCCCAACAGAAUGGACAGCUUUUAUUGUGAUUUUCCCCGGUUCAUCAAGCUUGCAUGUACAGACACAUAUAGCCUGGAGUUUCUGGUCACUGCCAACAGUGGUUUCAUCUCCAUGGGCACCUUCUUCAUCUUGAUUGUGUCCUACAUCUUCAUCCUGGUCACAGUUCGUAAACACUCCUCAGGUGGCUCAUCCAAGGCCCUGUCCACUCUCUCAGCUCACAUCACUGUGGUGUUCUUUUUCUUUGGUCCUUGCAUUAUUGUUUAUGUGUGGCCAUUCCCUACCUUAUCUAUAGAUAAAUUUCUAGCCAUCUUUGAUGCCCUUAUCACACCUUUUAUGAAUCCCAUCAUCUAUACAUUUAGAAAUAAGGAGAUGAGGGUGGCAAUGAGGAGACUGCUUGGUAAGAUUUUAAGUGUCAGGAAGAGUUCUUUCAUGCAAAGCUUAAGAAAUUCAGAUUCAUCUUGA